UGACAAGCUGGUGUGCUAACAGCUAGCAUGCUAAGUCACGUACAUCGGUCCGCUGGAUUCAUGACAAGGCGGUGUGCUAACAGCUAGCAUGCUAAGUCCCAUAUAUGGGUCGGUUGGAUUCAUGACAAGGCGGUGUGCUAACAACUAGCAUGCUAAGUCCCGUACAUCAGUCUGCUGGAUUCAUGUCAAGGCGGCGUGCUAACGGCUAGCAUGCUAAGUCAUGUACAUCAGUCAGUUGGAUUCAUGACAAGGCGGCGUGCUAACGGCUAGCAUGCUAAGUCACCUAUAUCGGUCAGUUGGAUUCAUGAAAGGCAGUGUGCUAACAGCUAGCAUGCUAAGGCACAUACAUUGGUCGCCUUGUGCUAACGGCUAGCAUGGUAAGUCACCUACAUGGGUCGGUUGGAUUCAUGACAAGGCGGUGUGUUAACAGCUAGCAUGCUAAGUCACGGACAUGGGUCGGUUGGAUUCACGACAAGGCGGUGUGCUAACAGCUAGCAUGCUAAGUCACGUACAUGGGUCGGUUGGAUUCAUGACAAGGCGGCGUGGCCAUGAUUGGGACACAUGAUCACAUGAUCACAAGAUCAGGCAUUCAUAUUUCAAAGAGUCCAACCCCGGUAGCGUCAUUAGCAUGUGUUAGCAUGCGUUAGACUUCCUCACUCUUUGAUGCUAAACAUUGGGCUUUAGAAUGUGAUGUCACAGAGAAGGCAAGGUCGUCACUUUGCCGGGUGACACCAGCGAGACACAAAGUAACAACAACGCAACGCUACAAGUGACCAUCGGAGAUGCUAACCACCUCGGACCUCCAACCUGAGUGGCGGCCAUGAGCCUGCCAAAAAUGAACCAAACUGACGACUUAAAGAUGUACAAGGGGGUCACGCUGGGCGGGUGUCACACAGUGGAGGACAUCCUCGGCGAGGGAACCUUUGGCGUCGUGGUAAAGUGCCGCAACACGGAGACCAACACCAUGGUCGCCAUUAAAGUCUUCAAGAACUACCAGAACUCUGUGAACGACGCUAAGGAGGAGAUCUCCAUCUUGAAGAAACUAUGGCGUUUGGAUCCUGAUAAGUGCAAUAUUGUCAGAUGGGACGGAUUCUUCUUCCACAAGGAGAACAUCUGCUUGAACUUUGAACUUCUAGACCAGAACCUGCGGGAGUUCAUGCAGCGUCAAUGCGCGAUGCCGAUCCAGGAACUGGGAACCGUGGUGCACCAGUUAGCUACAGCGCUCUCCCAUAUGAGUAGCAUGGGACUAGUUCACGGAGACAUAAAACCGGAGAACAUCAUGGUGGUGGACCGCCGUGAGCAACCUCUCCGGGUCAAAUUAGCCGACUUCGGUUUGGCGAAGAACGUUUCCGAGAUUGUUCCUGGGGAUUGCGUUCAGACUUUGUGGUACCGAGCUCCGGAAGUCAUACUCGGGGUUCCGUUCAACGAGACGGUGGACGUGUGGUCUUUAGGUCUGGUUGCCGUGGAGCUAGCAACGGGACAACCGCUUUAUCCCGGCAGAAGCGAGUACGACAUCUUGAACUUUGUGACCAACACUCAAGGACAACCUGCUGAUGAUGUGUUGGACCGCGGAAAGGAAGUAGGCGUGUACUUCCUGCAUGAGUACACCGGCGUCCAACGCUGGAAACUUAAGUCACCGGAACAGUUUUCCAAGGAGACCGGAUGCCAACCAAAAGACGCCCGCCCUCUUAUGCUCUCCUCUCUGGAUGAUCUCCAACUAGUCAUGGAGGACGUCAUGGGACCUCAACGCACUGAGCAUCUUUUUGUACUCCUCGUCAAGAAGAUGCUGGACUUGGAUCCGGAUCUACGUGUCAACUCCCAAACGGUUCUUCUGCAUCCUUUUUUUAAUUCCCUUACUUCCCGGUCGGAGAACUGCAUCGACGGAGACACUAAGACUAUCAGUGAAGCACCAUUCCAGGUCGAUUCCGUUGUUCCGGUGACUUCCCUGAUCCAGGAUCAUCCUUGUUCUUCAGUUUCAGAGAACCUCAAUGAGAAUCCAUUGGAAUUGAACACACAUCCAAGUUCUUCGACUUGCUUAGGGGGGCUGUCCGGCAGGGUCGUAGCGGCCUUACGUAAGGUCACGGGUAUUUUUACUAGAAAGUUCAAAUUCUACACAAACAGCCCCGGUUCUUAACCAAAACAGUUUUAACAAGGACAGAAAAACUCCACGGUUCAAAUGGAAUCUUCUGGUAACAAAUGCAUUGUAAAGGAGACGUCACUGAGGAAGGUGAACCCAUGCUGGAGCCUAUCCCAGCUGACCCAGCUGGACGAGAAGCCGGGUACAUUUUGGGACAAUGAAGCUAACAUGUUUUGGGAAGCUAACAUGGCAGGAAACCGGAAUACCCGGAGAAUGUACUAUGUACACACGUGGAGAAACAUGCAGAACCCACACCGGGAUGGAGAUGAAAACCCAGAUCUUCCCGAUCUCCUGGUACCCUGUGGCACCCGGGGUUUGGGGUUAGCUUAGGUUAGCUUAUUAAAUUGUAAGAAAUCCAUCCAGAUUCAUUCAUUCAUUUUCUACUGCUUAUCCUUAUGAGGGUUGU